AUGAAGAGUAAAUCUUGUAUAGUUCUGCUUUUUGUACUAUUCGGUGCAUCAAUUACACUGCAAUAUGAUAUGGAUGAAGAAGUUGCUAUAGACGUACCUAGGGAUGAAGACAUGGAAAUGGAAACUGUGGAUGAUUCAGAGUCUCUACUCUCAAAUGUUGUAUCGGAUAUGAACCGCACCUUGUCAAAUUUGUACUUUCAGGUUACAUCAAGCAAUGUCACAGUUGAAAAUAAAACACAAGCACUCAAUGAGACAAAGAAGCUUGUGAAAUGUAAUGAUAUUGUUUAUGAAAGUGAAGAUGUUGAACCUAUAGUUGAAAUUGUCAAUGGCAGUUCUUUAUCAAAGUUGUUACAAGUUAAACCAGAUAUAUCUGGUCGAGAUGUAGAUGCUGAUUGUGUUUUAGUUUUAUUUUACGCUAGGGCAUGCCCAUUUAGUGCACAUGCUGCUCCACAUUUUAAUGCACUUGCUAGAUCUUAUCCUAAUAUUAAAAUGGUGGCAUUAGAUGCUCUUAGACAUCAUGGUAUAAAUGCACAAUAUGGGAUAGUUGGUGUACCAACCUUGAAAAUGUUUCACAAUGGUCGACCAGUGGGUAAAUUCAAUGGGACAGAAUAUAAUAUACAUCUGUUUAGUAAGUUUGUUAAUGCUAUAACAGGACAGACUCCACAAGGGCUUUUAGUUAUGUCAAAGGAUUUCCAAGGUCCAGUUUCAAGCGCUGUUGAGAAAGAAACAGAUUAUUUUUUGAUAUUAUCUUGGUUGUUUAUUGUUGUAUGCUCAAUAUAUUAUUUCAUGGAAUCAAAAUGGUGGACAAUGAUUGUUGAAAUGGUGCAAAAUAACUGGAGAGAGUCUGUCGCUCAACAUGAGCAUAAUGAUUAG